AUGGAGGGCGACAACGGAAGCAUCGGAAAUCAUGAAAAGGAAGGGAACGAGAGCAGUUCACAUUCAACACCACAAGAACAUAAAUCUUUCGCCGAAUAUGCCAAGGAUAAGUUGGAUAGUGCGGGCAGAGAGUUACGACGUCGUCUUCCCAUGGCUGGUCAGUUGGGAGCACACUUGAUACAUCCAAGAAGACUCCUGCUACACUCCACACCCACACAGCAGACCGAUGUUGUACUUAUAUUCCCAAAAGGUCUGCCGGAUAGCAUGUUGUUAUGGCUGCUCCAGAAAUUACGAGGCAGUCGUCCCAGAUUGAGGGUCUACGUACGACAGCACGCGUCAUCACAGUGCUCAGCCUUUUACAUAACAGCUGAUGACGAUGUACUGUUGCAAACCGCGGAAGAAAUUCAUCUACCGAAAUUAUUGAAGCCGGAAUUCGGUGGCGGUUAUAAGGAGUUCACAGUACGUGAUAUGCACUGCUUCCAAAAGGGUUCAUCGGCGUCUGAAUUACUAAGUUCUCAAGACCGUGGCGCGUUAGUGAAGCAUGUGUUGGAAUCAGCUCGAGCGGAACAUGGAGACGAACAUGCAUUGGAACCAGCGCUUACGUUGAGGGUUGGACAGAGUAUUGUUCCAGCGUGCGUCAGUCGCGGCGUCAUAUCAAACAUGUUCCCAUUACACGAGAGGGCGUCUCUAGACUACUUGCGACAGAAGUGGGUUAAAAGUAUUUUCAACCCCCAGCCGUUAGAUGAAAUAAGCGAAUAUUUCGGUGUAAAGGUAGCCAUGUAUUUCGCUUGGUUGGGUCAUUACACUCAGUAUUUGACGGUACCGGCCUUCGUUGGAUUCAUAUUUUGGAUAUGGAUCAAAACAGCCGAUGAGUAUUGGAAGGAUAUAGCGCAUGUACUUUUCUCACUGUUCAAUGUUCUAUGGGCCUGCGUGUAUUUGGAGACGUGGAAAAGAUUAUCAAAUGUUCUGGCAUAUCGAUGGGGCACUUUGGACCAAAGAGACGAUUUGCUCGUGGAACCCAGGCCGCUGUUUCAGGGCGAGAUGGGUAUAAGUAAGGUGACCGGCCGGCCGGAGCCCCAGUACCCGUCGUGGCGGCGGCGCGUGUGGCGGCAUUGUGUGUCGCUGCCCGUUAUGAUGGUGUGUUUGGCGGUCGCCGCGCUGGCUACAUGUGGCUUACUGAGAGCGCAGGACUGGUGGGAAGAAAGAAUAGUAUAUCUAUCGUUUAUACCGAGAGCGUUUUUGGCAAUAUUGAUCGCAGUUGAAGAAGAGGUCUACGCUAGGAUUGCGAAAUGGCUGAACGAUAAAGAGAACUAUCGACUCGAGACAAAAUAUGAAAAUCAUCUUAUACUGAAAAUAGCAUUGUUUCAGUUCGUGAAUUCGUUCAUGAGUUUGUUCUACAUCGCCUUCUAUUUACAGGAUAUGGAUAAAUUGAAAGAGCAACUGGCCGUAUUGUUAAUUACAAGACAAAUAAUCGGUAACUUGAAAGAAUCCGCGUUACCGUACGUCAUAGAAAAUGUUAGAUUCCACAAGAUGUGCUACGAAAUAUUCGGCAUAAGCCCCAGUAAAGUACAAACCCAAAACCAAUUAUCUGAGCUGUUUGAUAAGAGGACGUCGUCAUCCGGGGAAGCCCCUGAGGUCAAUGGCACCGACGAAAGAAGAGACUCGGAUAUAUCGACUAAAGGAAUAUACCAGGCUGAGCUUGAAUCACAGCUGUUCAAGUACGAGGGCACGUUCGCGGAAUACCUAGAGAUGUUGACUCAGCUGGGUCACGUACUGUUGUUCUCGACCGCCUUCCCGCUGGCAGCUUUAUGCGCGCUCGUAAAUAACACGUGUGAAGUACGGGCGGAUGCGUUCAAACUUUGCCACGUGGCGCAGAGACCGUUCGGGGAGAGGGUCAGCAAUAUAGGUAGCUGGCAGCACGCCAUGGAGGCUAUGGUGUGGUUGUCUGUGUUGGUGAACUGCGCCCUGAUCGGUCUGUCGGGUCCCAUGCACCGACUGCUGCCCGGGGCUUCGGCCUCACAGACCGUACUAGGGAUUGUUGCUUUGGAGCACGUUAUCCUGGUAAUAGUUCUGUGUCUGCGCCUGGCUAUACCUGAAAUCCCUGGUUGGCUCGCUACGGAAAUGGCAAAGGUUGAAUUCCAAAGGCGAGAGGCUAUUAAAAACGCACAUGCACCGCUACUGUCCGAAGGCACAAGUUCAGACGACAUCCGCCGCACGCCGAGUAUCACCCCCACUACUCCUAAACAGGACCGGAAAAAGAUCUGUGUAGGGAAGAUACCGGAAAUACCACCCUUCAGACCUAAAGCCGCUUCUAUAACAGAACCGUCUGUGACUAGUGGAUCUUUACAAAUAUUACAGGAUGUUAGCCCCACAAAACCUAUACCGCGACGGAAGCAGGAAGGUCUGUCUCUACUCGGUGUACGCGGUCUUCGUGACGAGCCUCUACACCGAUCAGCUCACUGCAUCCCACACCCGACACGACCGCUCGCCAACCCCACGCUACAGGAGUUAUCCGGCGGCCCGAUAGCCGGUUCAGAGCCUGAUCUGAACGCUUCGGUGACUCCGUCAAUGGACACGAGCGCUUCCAGUGAAGAUGAUAGGCCGAGGGACAAGGAGAAGGAUAAAAGCAGUCGUUCUCGCGCUAAGGCGGCGCUAGUGAAGCGCGUUCGUUCUGUGGCUGUGUUUUCAUUGGGUCUACGGCGGGCAAGGGAAGCGGCUGCGGCUCAUGAUGCACAAGACACACAUACACCACAUACACCUGGUCCACCGGCGCCUAUGUUGGGUGGGGAGCUAUCUUUGAUACCUAUAGAGCAGCUCAUACAAUUGGACGACGUGAGGCCGCGGCAUAACCACACGUAG